AAAAGCUCCCAAUAAUUACCCCACACUGUAGUCUCUCAUGUUAUUCUCUUUACCGUAGUGCUUGCAUCAUCCGCAGCGCUCUCCCCCCUCUCCUACGAUAUAUUAUUAAAAGUCGAGAGCGGUGAUACGUACGAUGCGUGGUCCGGAUAGAGCGUAUCUCUUCUGUGCCCGUUGCCACCUUUCAUCCGCGCUGCUGCUGUUACGAGAGCGCGAGAAACACCCGAAGCGUGGAUUAUGAGCGCGUGUCGUCGCACGACAACAAUCCGAUUCGCACAAUCCCGACGAUUUUGUGAUCGUUGCCCUUCUCGUGGUUCAACGCCGGGAGCCACGAGAAUGACUUAGGUCAGUUUCUUGCCGAAUGAUUUGCCGAUUAAGGAACUUUUAUUCGGGACACGCGAUGCGGAACUUACGUUGGGCAUGCUGGCUGUUUUGGGUGGGUCUACCAAUACUCAGAGCCUACCCUAUCACUUCGUCGCCGCUUGUCACAGAUUCAUCCAAUAAUCGAGCUUCCUGGCAAUGGGAGCGCUAUUGGAUGCGUUAUGCGAUUGCUAUGUCAAGUGUCACUGCCACAGCAUUAACAUUAGCGGGAUGUCUUUGUUGUCAGAGGCACCGAAGACCCAAAGGAUUUCAGGAAAAAGCAGAAAAAUGUGAUCAGGAAUUUAAGGAUGGGAGCAGUAUAGGACAGGAAAGUGGAUUUGAUCGAUCUGUUGAAGGAUUAGAAUUGGACGCCUCUAGAACAUUAGCUGCUGCAGAAAGAGUUCAAUUUGAACCUUUACCCGUGGACUCCAUUGUCUCCGGAACGCGAAAUACCACAAAGCCUAAAGCAAUACCUUUGUCAACCCCUCGUAAUGAGGAUCAAGAUUUGGAUUGCGCUAUUCUUCAAGAACCAUGUAGCGAAUGGUUCAACUCGAAUGAGCUUUACGUGCCGCGAGAGAAACUCAAAUAUCUCCGAGAACUAGGUCAUGGAUGGUUCGGUAAAGUCGUUGAAGGUCGGGCAGAUUUGGCACAAUCCAAAGACAUAUCGAAAACGGGUGGUGUGGUUGUGAGAAUUCUCACCGAGGAAGCCACCACCAAAGAAAAGGCUUGGUUUCUUGGUGAAGCCACGCCUUAUCUGAAAUUACGCCAUCAAAAUGUCUUGUCUUUACUUGGCUUCUGCUUGGAAACAGAUCCGUAUCUUUUGCUCUUUGAAUCGUGUCCAGCCGGUGAUCUUAAAGGAUUUUUGUUAUCAAAUCGCGAUGUUAAAUCAAGAGAAGCGCUUACGAGAGAAAAUAUUCCGAUAAGAAUUGCAAUUGAGAUUGCAGCUGGCUUAAAACACAUGCAUAGUCACGGUUUUGCGCAUACGGAUCUUUCCGCGAGAAAUUGCUUAAUCGCUCCGGACUUAUCGGCCAAAUUGGGAGAUUAUGGUACUGGUGUCGAAAAGUAUCCCGAAGAUUAUUACAUAGUUGGAGACCGAGCUUUACCUAUUAGAUGGUCUGCGCCAGAAAGUUUGAAUUGCACGGAUACCACCAUCGAAACCCAAGAGAUCACGCAAGAAGCAAACAUGUGGAGUUACGCCGUCCUUCUUUGGGAAAUUAUUUGUUGGGGAGAAAGGCCUUACAACGACAUGAACGACGAACAAGUUAUUCAAAUGAUAUUAUCUUUGAAAAAUCAAUGUUUGCCGAACGGUACACGAUCGUUGCAAAGCUAUCUCGCUAAUUGUCCGUCAAAUAUAUGUCAAGUAAUGCGUUUGUGUUUAAAUGUCAGUGCGAAAGACAGACCUUCUUUGGAUAUUGUCAAACAGAUUCUGUUGAACGAAGAACAUUUGGCAAAUGAGGAUUUCGAUCAACGGUGGGAAAGUUUACGUUCGAAUAGUGGCAAACAGCAUGUAAGAAGUGCCAGCUUGCAAGAUUUACGCGGAAGCAUCGAUUCCGAUUACUGGACUCAUAUUGUGGACGACGCUCAACUAACGGACACGUUACAGUCCUCGUUUCGUUUAGGACCCGACGAACAAGUGAAGAAUAUUCCCAGUGUGAGAUCUACUGCAGUUUUUCAAGAAUCCGGCUCGGAGACCGAAGAAGAAAGCUGGAAAGGUCGGAUCGAACAAGGCGUUUACACAGAAAAGGUUAAACAGAAGUCUAAAUCCGUAACGGAUCUCAUGGUACUUGUACAUAUCGAUCCCGAUUCCGACGUGGAAUGGUCAAUGGGAGCUCAAACAACGGAAAAAAACCCGAAAAAGAAAUUACCCGCGACCGGUAGCGACAGUGAUCUUAGACAUACCGCUUCACCGGAUGAAUUUGACGAAGCGUUGAAAAAGUUGCGCGAUUCAUUGCAAAAUAAUAAUACCAAUAAAGUCAAGUCGAUGGGAAACUUACCAGACGUACCGAAACUUUUAACUCUAACCGUGGAUCAGAGUCAAACGCCGAUUCUGCGAUUGUCUUUGGAUAAUACGGAAAAAAUGUUAGAAAGUGACGCGCUAUCCAACGUAAACGCGGAUGAUGAUGACGCGCGGUGUAGCGGUAACGAACAUGUAUUAGAAGAAAAUCGUUCUCUCUCUCCUCUUCUUCGCUACGUACCUGAUCGAAUGUUGUCUAUUGAUGAAGUUGAGAAGACAGAGAGUUACGAGACACGUGAUGUAUCAUUGAACAAUAAAGAGAACGCCGAUAAUAUACUUCAUCAUUUUGUUUCGAGCAACAUUGAGGAUAAUCAACAUAACACGGUGGAUGUUUUACUUUGGAAUCACGCGUUAGAUUCCGCUUUGAAGCACAAAAUACCGGGUUUCUCGGACGAAACGGAAUUCAACGAGUAUAUUGACGCGUCGGUUGAACAUGGCAAAACUGACGCACCGGAACUAAUUGUGACCGCUGUGUCCACACCGGACGCUCUACACUUUUCUAACGCUUAUUCGAUUUGCAAUGCGGAUGACAAUUUUCCCACAGCGGAGAAUAUGAACAUAGAGAGAAAACCGACGGUACCAAACGACGAUGAAGAAGAUAGAAAGCAAUUGUCCACUCCGGAUGAUGAGCAAAGUUCCGAUUCGGGUUUCCGAGAUAAAGAAUCUUGCGAAGAAGAAGAGGCGUUUUGUUCAACGUCCGGCAAUCUAUUGUCCUCGGCUAAUAACGCCGCGAUCGCCGAUGCGUCGCGCUCGGAGGAAGAACCGCUUCAGAUUUUAUUCGAACUGGAUACCAUUCUCGACGCGGAAUAUUACGCCACUUCCACGGGACCCGAAAGUAUAAUAACAGAAGGCUUGAUUGCUACCACUCCUAUCACGGGAACAGAUCCGCUGCCGUUUUCGAAACAGAAUAAUCCCGAUUCAAAUCAUUAUUCUUCUAAUUUUGACGAAACGGAAGAUGCAAAGAUCGAUAUCGAUUCGACGCGAGUGUGUGAUACAAAGAAGAACAUAGAUCAAGAAGAAGCGAGGCACGAAAACGCGAUAAAAAAUGUUGAAUCGAAGAAAGUUGAUGCGGAUAAUGAAAAGUCACAAGAAUUCAACAACGAGGAUAAUGCGGAUUUGAUGCGCGAUCUAGAAACAGAAGUUGUUACAAGAUCAGACACAAAUAUUUCGACUAUUCAGCAGGAUUCGGAACAGUGCGCGCAAGGAGAUUGCGAAAACGAGGACGAAGACAGCUCGACGGUGAGUUUGCGUAGCGACAAUUCUUACGUUUCGUUCGGGAUGGAGGAGGAAUUUGUAACGGCUAUUCGCAACGAGCUCAGGGAAAAAUUGCCACAGGCUCAGAUGCAAAUUGUAGAAUCUUUGGAAGUUCAAGAUGAUGAAAGUCCUUCCUGCGACGUAUACGGCAAACAAUGGGAUGACGAGGACAAUGAAGAUCCGUGCGGUCAAAUGAGCGGAGGUGUAGACAUAUCGAUCAGGUACAACGUGUACGGAACGCCGCUGAGUCCUAUUUUGGAAGAGCGGGAAAGCACCGUUACUUCCGAAUCAUUGAUGUCCAACUCAAGAGAAGCAUCCGUCACGUCGAAGGAAUCAGUGCCGUCGGAAGAUGUACUAUUGGUCGACACUCGUACUAACGAAAUGAUAUUGUUAGAGGGACGAUUACAGGACGAAGAUCGAGAUACAACGAAUGGUGAUUUGUCCGAUGAGGAAAAUUUAGAUUACGUUUGUUCGACGCGUUCGUUAGAAGAUAAAUCGCACAUGAUGAAGACAGGUGGCUGCGCGCCUUUGCCAAGUCCCGAAGAGGAAUCCAAGUGGCAACAAUCUUUCCCGUUACCAUUGCCUUUACCUUUGCCGUCGUUGCAAGACGAUAUGAUGUCCACGAGUUUCGCCACCGAACGCGAAUGUUGUAGUCAGGACGAGGAUGAAGAAGAGGAAGAAGACGAAGGGGAAGACGAUGAAGGAGAUGAAGAAGAUGAGGACAACAGUUCUAGUUCCGGUGAAUUCGUAUGGAAGAGAUACAACGAGCCGCAUGUUGAACAGAUACGAGUCAGAAGUACCGCAAAUAACGACGAAGCGAGUACGGUAGCAAGCAUGGGAUUAGAAGAGGAAUUAGCUGUCGAGGACGAAGAAGAGGAAGAAGAAUUUACACCUUCGGCUUGGAAUGCCGCUUUAGCGCCUCACCGGUCGGCAUUGAGGUCGCCAGACAAAACAUUAAAAUCUGGGGAUGAGUUGGAUCAGAAAAAGAGCGUGUGGUUCAAGAAGCAACGCUACCAUUGUGUGUACGAAUAUCCGAAGGAAACGUUAUCUGUGGACAAUCGGGCUGAUACUAACAUCAGCUCGGAGCGAACGUCAUAUUCCGAUUGGGAAGAGAUGAUGGAUGAACCACGAUUAGAUCUGUAUCCUUUGGAUUACGACGAUGCUAAUCAUACUGGAAACGAAGAAUUUUUUAUAACUAGUUCGAAUCGACCCUUUCAAUUUCAAACCGGUGAAAGUAAAUACGUUAGUCAAUUUUUUCCAGGCGCGAAUUCGAUUUCGUUAGCGGACGAUCGAGGGGAGGACGAGAUAGACGGAUGUCGUCAAGAGUUGCAGCAGAAUAACGUUGAUUUCACGAUUGAACACGAGCAAUCGGCUCAGCAGCAACAAUUAGGAGAGUUAAGACACACUAGAGAUCGCUUGAAGUUGAAUCUGGUAUUGUCGAACGGUACACCGUCCACCGCGUUUGUUCCUACGAGACAGUCGCAAGCGGAUCAGCAGCAACUAAAUAUUACAGAAAAUCACGAUUCGGAACUUGAGAACGUUGUCACGCAAGAUCAGUGCAUUGUAUCGAGUCCAGUGAAUGAUAAUACGUUGCCAAAGGUGCCUCACGAAGAUGUCCAACUUAGUCCAUCUUCCGUUUUUCAGUGCGACAAUUAGGAUAACGGAUCCCACCGAAAAAAUGAAGUGUUUUAGCUCGUGACUAAAAAAAAAAAAAAAAAAAAAAAACAAUGAGACACUGAAGUCUAUAAUAAGAUUAUUAAAGAAGACAGUUUAAUCUCCAAGUCCGUCCGAAAACAAUCUCGUCGUGAAAAUGAUAAACUUGAUUUUUUUCGUUUAUACGGUCUGAUAGUUCACUGAUGAGAUUUUACUAUGACACGAAUCUCGAACAAAUGUAUAUUGUAUAUAAAACAUAAAAGAUGUAGUCGAUAUUAUACUCGGAGCUGCAAGUCGAUUGGUUGUCUAAAAGACUUUUUGAUAAAGCAAAAUUACAAUUCUUCUGUACCACGCAAGGGAAUGUUACCAUCGAGUCAGCUUUUCGAUACUCUGUAUAGCGACGCAGUAGUAAUAUAUAUAUAUAUAUAUAUAUUUAUAUAUAUAUAUAUCCGAGCCAGUUUACUCCACGAUUCUCUUGUAUACGGAAUACAAAGACAUCAGUAUAUAACAUAGCCGCGGCUUUAUAAUUCUCCAUAAAGCUUUUCUGCUCGCAUUAGUCAUAAUAGAAUAAUAACCGAAGGAUUGUAUAUAAAAAAAAAAAAAAGUGGACAUGAGUAUUAAUUCCUAGACAAUCGAUUUGUAGAAGCGCUACAUCGUAAUUAAAAAUACGAUAAGAAACAAUUCGUCGCAUCGUGUAAAUAGUUUUAUUGUAGCGGAAUCGUUAAAACGAGCAGAGAGUAGUGCCUAUGUACGUAGAACGACAUUUAUUUUUAUGACUUCACUUUAUAAGAUAUUACAUCCAAACUGUCUUUCACACGUCCAUCUUUUUUCCUUACCAAGCUCAUUAAUAUCACGCGUGUUUCUUGUAAUUAUUAUUAUUAAUUAAAACACAUAAAUCUGCUCUCUAUUAUCGAAGUAUUUUAUAGCGCAAAUGUGAGGGAUAUAUUAUCCCAGUUGAAAAAAAAAAAAAAAAAAAAAAAAAAAAAAAAAAAAAAAA